CAGAUCACUCCAUGUAUUAGUAUUACCUUGGAUUAAUGCCCGUGACACUCUUCGAGACAAGCCCGCAACGCUGUCUUCGUCACUUACUGCAAGGUUCAUGUUUCUCUUUUCGCUGGAUGCAUGUCUACCAAUCCGCCAGAUAAGCCGGGUGACUGUACCGACCACAACCAUCGAGAUGACCAAGGUACUAGGCACGCCAUGCUGAACACCUAAGGGGCGCUUAAUUGCACUCGACACCGUCGUCGUGACGUCGAAAAGGGGGGCAACUUCCACAACUUUACAGGAAAGGUACUCCGUCUGAGGAUCGCCAGCAGAAAGCUCGAUAUUUGCAUCAGCGUACAAGCGAUCUUGAUAAGCAUCACUUGGUUUCGACACAGGCUAGGAGUGGGGAUGGACGGGAUUCGUUGUUCGACUUGGACAUGCUAUUGCUGCAUCGCGUGCCACUCGCCUCGGACUGCACCGAUAUCCCAUGCAGCUGUGUGAACUCCAGAACCCUGUUGGCAUCACUGUGACGCGACCAUGUGUGAGAAGGAGCAAUAUUCUGGGUUACGUUGCUUUGUUGCUUCGCCAUCGACGCUUAAAGAGAUUUGUGGAGAAGUGGGAAUAUGCCGUGGCACCUCAACCCACAUGCUUUUCGGGUCCUUCUGGCGGUGCAUCUCUCACCAAUUUAUUGGGCGAAUCCAUCUGGUCGAAUCACAGACGCACGGGGUAUCGAUUCCUGGGCGAUACGCAGAUAUCUACGGCGUACCUGUAUCUGGUAAAAUAUGGAGCCGGGAACGCGUGGGAUGGAACAGGGCCAUCUACGAUUAAUUUUCUGCGCCCGUUUUUGUUCUUUGGAUGCAAUGUAUCAACCGGCUUGUUGGCUGUGUUCCGCCGUCGGGAAAGAAAAAAAAAAGAAAAAGAGCUAUCAUGCCAGAUGUUGGAGUCUUGGAAGACAUGAUUCACAGCUGAAAAUGGAGAGUUGCUGCCUGAUGGAUGGCCAUGGUGAGAAAGUCGUUGAAUCCUACUUCAGCAACCCGCUCCGGCCCUAUUGACAUAUGUGGGGACGUGAUCGAAGGAGCGAAAAUCCGCCGUAGGUCGUCGAUUAUUUUCCGUGGGGAAUUCUGCCAAAGUGCCUUUUGUCUCCCUCGUUUUCGUUUAAACUCUGCCAUGCCUCGCAGUCGGCU